AUGGCUAACGUGGUACUCAGUGCCCAGAUCCACCACCCGCCUUCCGAUUCCGACAAAGUCCGUGGUCUUUUCGCCCGUCCACUUUACGAACAGACACUCUUUCCCUCCUCGUCGAGUGCGAACCUACCGGAGCCGGCAGCGAGCAAAAUGGCGCCUAAGAAGAAGGAAAUCGGGUAUAUGAACAAAUACGUUUACGAUGCAUUCCUAUGGACAUUCUCGGUGUUGGUGGAGCUCUUCUUCCGCGAGGUGCACCCACGAGGGAGUUGGAAGGUGCCCAAGGAAGGGCCUGUCCUGUUCGUGUGUGCACCGCACGCGAACCAGUUCGUCGAUCCUCUGAUCUUGAUGCGCGUAGUCAAAAAAGAGACGGAGCGCCGCAUACACGUCCUCACCGCCGAAAAGUCGAUGAAGCGCAGGUUUGUGGGCACAAUGGCAGCCGCUUCGGGUGCCGUGCCUGUUGGACGAGCAAUGGACAAGACCAGACCAGCACCGGGGAAGAUAUACCUUCCGGAUCCCGUCAACGAUCCUCUCCUUGUACGCGGUGUAGGCACAAAUUUUGAGGCUCAGGACUUCCAGAUCGGAGGAUCCCUGGUCUUGCCCAAGGUUAACAAUGUGGCGGCUUCUGCCGAAAUAGUAGAGAUCAAAGGCCCGGAAGAAAUAAGGCUGAAGCGACCCUUCAAGGGUGGAGUCGCCAUGCAGCAGUUGACAGGCCGGAACGACAUGACCGAGGAUGGGACAUUCGUUAACGGCGCAUCGUCUGCAAUUGGUCCUGCUCCCGGCUACGAAGGCACCGUUUUUCAGAUUGCGCCGAAGCUCAACCAGACUGAAGUUUAUGAUGCCGUGCAUACCGUACUACACCGCGGAGGUACUAUUGCUAUCUUCCCGGAAGGCGGUAGUCACGAUCGAACGGAGCUUCUACCCCUAAAAGCUGGUGUUGCCAUUAUGUCAUUAGGCACGGUAGCCUCAAAGCCGGAUUGUAACUUGAAGAUCAUCCCUGUGGGUAUGAAUUACUUUCACGCCCACAAGUUUCGCUCAAGGGCUGUCAUCGAAUUUGGCAACGCUAUCGAGGUCCCUGUCGAACUUGCCCAGAGGUUUCAAGCCGGUGAACGACGAGAGGCUAUCGGCCAGAUGCUGGAGACUAUCCGAGAAGGGCUCAUCUCCGUCACAGUAACAGCGCCUGACUACGACACACUCAUGUUGAUCCAAGCUGUACGUCGUCUUUACAACCCAAAAGGCACGAAACUCCCGCUACCCCGCGUAGUUGAACUCAAUCGCCGCCUCAUACAGGGUUACAACAAGUACAAGGACGACCCACGCAUCAUCAAUCUCAAGAAGGAGGUCAUGAGCUACAACAAACAAAUUUUGGCUCUUGGUGUUAGAGAUCACCAGGUACAAUAUGCCAGAGUCAGCGGUGUCACAUGCUUCUUUCUGUUCUGGUAUCGACUAGCGAAGCUCGCUGUACUAUCUAUAUUUGUGGUUCCUGGCACUCUCCUAUUCGGCCUCGUCUUCGCUGCGUGCAAGUUUUACUCAAACGUUAAGGCGAAGCAAGCACUUGCAGAGUCCAACGUCAAGGUACAGGCUAGAGAUGUACUCGCCACCUGGAAACUUCUGGUCGCCAUGGCUGUCACCCCCCUGGUUUAUACCUACUACGUCGUCCUUGUCACGUGGCUUUAUUCUUACAACCGCGUUUUCGGGUUUCUACCCGAUGGUUUAAGGAAGAGGUACCUCAUCCUGGCGCAGGUGAUCAUCUACCCUACCGUUACCUAUGCAGCACUGCGUUUCGGAGAAGUGGCUAUGGACAUUGCCAGGUCGCUCGGACCACUCUUCAAAAUGAUGAAUCCAUGGACAGGUAACGAACUCGCCAGGGCCCAGGCCCGCCGCGAAAAGCUCGCUGAACGCAUCACCGACAUCAUCAAUACUCUUGGUCCCGAAAUGUUUGACGACUUCCACUCCAAGCGCAUCAUCUCAGACCCCUUCAAUCAGUCCCCGCCUACAACGCCACCGCCGCAGAAAUCAAAAGAAGAUGCUGAACAUGAAGCACCUGAGCCUGUCGAAUCUUAUGACUUCCCUGCCUCCCCAACAUCGCCCUCCAUGGACCGCAAUGGACUUCACAAGAACGAGUCGUUUACCGAUCUUACGAACCAGGACAUUUUCAGUACGCGACCGAGUACGCCUAAGAGGCAUCACAGUCGCAAGCCGAGUGGAGGCUUUGGGCAGGGCUUCCAACUUAAGCCUUUUAGCACGAUCGAUGGCAACUUGGAUGAGGUUAGUAGGAGGAUAAAAAGCGGUAUGCGGAGUAGAGGGCACAGAAGAAGCAGCGUGGAGGAUUGGCACCAAGGGGAGGAAAGUGGUACCACCACGCCGAGGAGCGAGGCUUCGCACGAUGGUCUGACCAUGUCGAGGAAGGACAGGUAA